AUGGUCGGCGGUCGGCGAGGCUGUUCGGUUAGGGAUCGGCACAAUGCCGAUACAGGGAGAGAUGGAAGUCGCCGUGCUGGCUCGGGCUUGAGUGGGUUUGAAGGUCAUCAGAUCGAGCUGGUUUUCGAGGGCGGCAGAGAGAACGAGGUCGGCAAUGGGAUGGUCGGAGAUCGGCGCCGUAUGGAUUCCGUGAAUCCGGCUGAGAGAGGCGGAGCAUUUGAGUCUAGUCGAUCAGCGGAGAUCGGCGGAUUAGAUCGAGAGGGUUCCGGGUUGAAUGGUGUGGUCGGCGCUUUUCUGCCGAGAGUGGCUGGAUCUGGUGAGUUCGGCGUGGGAGAUCUCGGAUCUUGGCCUAGCGUCAGUGAGAUCGGGAUGAGAGAUCUCAGAGGUCGGCAAUCUGUCGGCGAGAUCGGGAUGAGAGAUCUCGGAGGUCGGCCUAGCGUCGAUCUCAGAGGUCGGCAAUCGGUCGGCGAGAUCGGGAUGAGAGAGCUCGGAGGUCGGCAAUCUGUCGGCGAGAUCAGGAUGAGAGGUCUCGGUUCUCGGCCUAGCGCCCGUGAGAUCGGUGUGAGAGGUCUCGGUUCUUGGCCGUCACGCGAUAGGACUCUAAACGAGAGAGAUUGGCGAGGGGGUAUGAACGAGGUCGGCACAGAUGGCAUGCCCGAGGUCGGCAUAGGAGACGAACCGGAGAUCGACAUGGUUGAGGGCACUGCGACCACUCGUCGAAUUGGUGAGAUCGGCAGUCUCGCGAGCAGGAUGUCAGCUCGGUGA